AUGUGUGGCAGUACCCCAGUGGCAGAUAAACGAGCCAACCCUCGUCCAAUGAAAGGCUCGGCAGAAGAGUUUGCGAAGACUCUUCGGCUUGCGAAUAUUCCUCCGAUGCGAAAAUUGAAGGACCCCGUUUCCAUAUCUGCAGCGACGAAACAAUCAGAAAUGUGCACGCGUAUGUAA